AUGGCUAGUUUUAGUUUCAGUUUGAAGUCGUUAACCCUUUUCGCUUUGCUUGUUUCAAGUGUUGUCCUGUCCGAAAGCCGGGUGGCAAGAAAGGACCUGGGGAUAGACCUUGGUGGGAUUGGGGUUGGAUUGGGAGCUGGAGUAGGGAUUGGGCUCGGUGGGAGUGGAGCUGGCUCGGGUGCUGGAUCGGGGUCAGGUUCGGGGUCCGGGUCUAGCUCUAGCUCCAGCUCUAGCUCAAGCUCAUCUUCUUCGUCGGGAUCCAAUGGAUCGGGCUCUUCCGAAGCAGGUUCGUCUGCUGGGUCUAGGGCUGGGUCAGGCUCAAGAAACCGAGGGCGUGGAUAA